AUGCCGCAGAUCAGCGCCAUCUGGCUCCCAUGCCUCAUUCUCGUUGUGUUUUGGGCCAGGCCUACGGCAGCUUUCGGUGCCGGCAACAUUGCGAGCUUGAGCGCCAUUGAGGGACAGAACUGGCGCCAUGGAGAUAUCGAGGACACGCUACUCACCCUGCUCAUUAGCGGCCAGACUGGCAAGAAGUUCAGCAAGAUGGAUGUCAAGCGCGUCUACUUUGGCAACUGGCUUCGCGACUACUCGCAGGCUGUCGAUGUCGGCACCGUCAAGAUGGUCUCUGCAGAGGCCAUCCGUAUCCUCCUCUGGGUGCUCGGCUUCAUGAGCUUCGGCUACGGAACCAAGGAGUUUGAGGUUACGCGCGACCGCCUUGGAUGCUACCGUCCAGAAGAGCAUAUUGACAACCCCAAGGACUAUGCCGACAACCUCGACGCCCGCGACUACGACCGACGCCUACGAGGCCCCGUUGACGAGAGACGCGAGCUUAGUGUCGACGAGCGGACCGGUCUGAAAAACUACAUCGCUUCAGAAGACUUGGGCAUCACAACAUCGGCGGGCAUGGUCCGCGACCUGCUCAGGCGUUGCAUUGAUCUCGGUCGACGCUCAGGAGGACGUGGUCCCGACUUCUACGAAGCCUUGAGACUGCUCGGCACUGCAACCCAUUGUAUGGAGGACUACUCUGCCCAUUCAAACUACGUCGAGCUUGCUUUGAUUGAAAUCGACGAAGAGAAUCAGGACAUAUUCCCUCACGUGGGCAGAAACGCCCUGUUUGAUGUCCGCGCCGCCGGAAAGCAGGUAUACCCCAUAAUAACAGGUACAUUCGGUGGUGUCGAUUUUUUGCACUCAGUAUGCGGAGAGAUUACCGACAAGGCCACACAAUCCGAGCUGCAGGAACUCGAAGGCGCAAUUGCCAAUGCUGAAAGGAGCGAGAACAAGAGCAAAAUCCAGGAGCUUCUCGCCAAGCUUCCAGACGGCAUCUUUGGCGGCAAAGACGAAUCUGGCAAGGCUGACGAGCUCGCCGACAACGCCAACGCUGCUGCCAUGGGAAACAUCCAGAUCACUCCCAAGGAACCUGAAGCCUUUACAGAACAGAUUGGCGAGCUGGUCAAGCAAAUUUACCCCAUUAUGGAGUUCCACGAUGAAAUCAUGCAAUCCAUCGCUGAGUUUAUCGAGAAGAUUCCGAUCCUACCAGACCUAAUCGAGGAGAUUCAAAGCCAAGUUACCGUCUUCGUUUUCAGUCUCCUUGCGCCUUAUAUCUUGCCUAUUCUUAGCCAGGUCAAGGCUGAGCUCGAGACUGGAUCCAGCGAGGUUAUUGCAAGCUCCCGCGAGAAGCAGCACAUUGUCUUUAACGACGACUACUCAACCGAUCCAACUCACAGCAUGCUCUCCAAGGACCACUUUUCCAACGUGCUCAACGAGCCUGCCGGUCGAGUAGCGUCUGCCGUACUGAGCUGGGCUGUUCCCCAAGUCGUUCAGUGCUGGGACGGUGAGGCUGAUCCCGAGGAAACCAUUGAUCGCAUCAUCAAGGGUGUCUUCCACCAUCCUGCCGUUGCUAUGGCAGAGAAGAGACAUGGCGGAGGAAGGGAUCGCGGAGCUACACAAUGCCAUCAAAUCAUGCUCGACACUGUCGGAAAAUGGUGGGAUUCCAAGGACAGCAGAGCCAAGCGUGAGUUCCGUGACCAACUCAGUCGCGACGGUGUACAAAACCUUCGCAACCACAAGGAGAACGUACACGACAAGGGCCAUGGCUGCGGCAAACCUCUGGGUAUGGCGAAUAACUUCGGUUCUUCCGGCGGACAGGGUGGUGUUAACCCACAGAUUCAGCAAGCCACUGAUCAUGUUGGCAAGCUUGCUGGUGAAGCUGUAGGUGGCGGCGCCCUGGGCGGUCUUGUCGGUGGUCUAGUUGGCGGCAUUGGUGGCUCUCUGCUUGGUGACGCUUUUGGAGGGAACGAAAAGAAGGGUCGCAAGGAAGAGCAUUACGGCCAAGAUGGUUCCUACACUCAAUCAUACUCCGAAACUGGUCAUCACCAGGCAUCUUCGUAUGGUGAUAGCGAUCGCUACGGUCGCGCUGAGUAUGAGCAGACACAAUACCCAAGCGGUGGACGUCGCGAAGAGUACUCCCGUCAGGAGCGUGAUGAGCGUGGCGGGUCCUACAGCUACGAGCAGAGCGUUGAGACUACCGGCUACAGUGGUUCCAGUGGUUAUGAGCGUCGGGAGGAGCGUCGUGUACAGCACGGCAGUGAAUGGCGCUCCGAGGAGACGCGCGAAGGCUUCGACCGCUCAGGGGAGUACUACUCUGAGGAGAAAGAACGACGUGGUAAGUCCAAGAAACACUCCGACGACGACGAUUCGAACGAUUCGGGCGGCGAAGAUUCGUAUGAGAAACGAAUGAAGAAGGAACGCAAGAAGCGUGAAAAGGAGGAGAAAAAGCGCAAUAAAUACCGGAAGCACGGCAGCGGUGACGAAGACUCGGAUGCUGACAAACGCCGUUCAGGAUCGGGUGAAUACAGACGUCGCUCCCGCUCCCGCGAGCAAGAGCACCGUCGCAAGAAGAGCAGCAGCCGCUCACCCAAGCGUCAUUCUGGAGGCCACUCGGGAGGCUAUGGCCAGGAGCAGAGCUACGGCCAGGAGUCGAGCUACCGUCGUCGUCAGGAGGAACCCAGCUAUGGCCAUGAACAACCAUCCAGCUACGAACGUCAAGAAUACGGCGGUGAAACUGGAGGUACUGGCGGAUACGGCCGUCAAGAGGAGUCUGGAUAUGGCCGCCGCCAGGAAGAGUCGAGUUACGGCCGCCAAGAGUAUGGCCGCCAGGAAUCAUCUCGUUACGGUGCUGACCCUUACAGCUCCGGUGGAUAUGGUCGUUCAGAAGGUCAGGAAUACGGUGGUGAACGAUCCGAUCAGGCUUAUGGCGCCUCUGGUGUCCCUGGAGGCUUUGGCGAAGAGUCUCAAGGCUACGGUCGUCGCCGUGAUGACGAAGAUGAAUAUGGCCAGAGGAGACAAGAAUAUGGCUCUGGCGGCUAUGGUGGCUCUGGAGGAUACGGUGAGGAAGGACCAUUCCUUAGUCUAUAUGCCAUGUCGUCGCCUUUAACGAUAGUGGUCACCGGCUCAAAUCGUGGGAUCGGACAAGGCAUCGUCCAUCUCCUCGCCAGCACACAGCACCCACAGCCCCUACACAUCUACGCCACUUCUCGUGGUGGCGUAGAUCUGAAAGCCCAAGUUCAACCUCCAAACGAAAUCAAAUAUGCAAAAUUGGACGUCUCAGACAAAUCAUCCAUAACGUCCUUUCUCAAAUUAGCGCUUCACAACAACGGCAAAAUCGAUGUCUUGAUUAACAAUGCCGGGAUAAACAACAACAGCAACGAGACAUCAGAAUCUGCAGAGCAAACAGUCAACGUCAACUACCAUGGUACCAAGCAAGUGUGCCAGCUAUUCCUCGAACAAGGCAAGAUGAAGAGCACACCAGGUGCGCGCAUCGUGAACGUGUCCAGCACGGCCUCUGUCCUGUCAAACUACCCGCCAGCAACACAGUCUCGCUUUCAUUCCGUAACUUCCAUCCCAGAUAUCGAUACACUUGCACAAGAAUACAUCAAAUCUGUUCAAUUCCAGAAUCAGGAAUCUGCUGGCUUCGGCGCACCACCAAAAUCUUACCAAGUCAGCAAAGCGCUUAUGAAUGCUCUUACGGUGGUUCUCGCCAAGGAAAACGAGGGUGUGGCCAUUAAUUGCUGCUGCCCAGGAUGGGUGGAUAGUAAUAUGGGCAAUCAGAUUGGAAGGCCACCUAAAACUUUGGAGGAGGGUGCAAGGAUACCGGUACGGUUAGGUAUAGGACAGUUGGGUCAUAAAGGGGAUUCAGAUGGUGGGUUGGGGGAGGAGACAGAGCGAGUUAGUGGUCGGUAUUUUGGGAACGAUGGGGUCACGGAUCGGGGAUGGGGAAAGGCGAGGGAGUGGUAG